AUGGGCAUGAAGCUGCAGCAACCACAUCAGGCACGUAGCGGCGGAGAAAAGAGCAUGGGCAGAAACGAAGAGCUGAGGAAAAAGACGGAAGAGCUUGUACGGCAGCGUACCGCUGAGCUCCGAGAAGCAAGGACCCGCGAAGAAAAGCAGCAGCUGCGCGGCCGCUGGGUGACGGAUGCAGACGCAUUGGGAAAUGCUGAAGCGCGUAAACGCGAACAGUUUCAGCGAAGCGCCCCGAAGCGUGCAGCGCGUGUGAAUCUUUUCGGGAAACUAGAGAACACAAACACAGGACUGGAGCUGGAGGAGCGAGAGGUGUCGGACCGCGUCACGCAGGAUGAUGUGGUCGCUGCUGUCGACCUACAAUCCAAAAGCAAGAAGUAUGAACUGGUACUGGACAAACUGGGCCCAUACAAACUGGACUUCAGCGCAAAUGGAACACAUUUGCUGCUCGCUGGUCUACGCGGUCACAUGGCGAAUAUCCGCUGGAAGGAUUUUGCUCUUAAUGGUGAAACACAACUAAAGGACCGCAUUGACGACGCUAAGUUUCUCAUUGACCAUACCAUAACCGCGGUAGCUCAAAAGAAGUUUGUUUACAUGUACACAAAAGAGGGAGCGGAGAUGCAUGUUCUCCCUAGUAUGGCAAAUAUGAAUCGUCUGGCAUACCUGCCGCGUCAUCUGUUGCUAUGCGCUGCGUCCACACAGUAUAGUGUUAUGCAAUAUAUGGACAUCAGCACGGGGCAAGAACUAGGAACCAAGGUUCCUUCGGUUGUGCGGGAUCCCACUUCCUGCAUGGCCGUCAACCCAAGUAACGGUGUCGUGGCCACUUGCGACCUCCGUGGUCUGGUAAAACUAUGGUCGCCUAGUGUUGUGGAUCCCUUAGUGCAGCUGAAGGGCCACAAGGGCGUCAUCGAUGAUAUCUGCUUUCACCCAAACGGCCGCUUCUUCGUUACUCUUGGCGGCGAUCAUAAAUUCAAAGUGUGGGACUGCCGCACAUUACGUGCUCUAGAGGAAUACGCCGUUACGUACGCGUUCAACACCAUCGACGUCUCUAGCUCGGGGUAUGUGGCGAUGGGUGGUGGCACCAACGUGCAAAUUUGGAAGGACCUUUUCACUGCCUCCCGCCCUAACUCCCCGUAUUUGAAAUUUGGUCUCGGUUACGGCAACAUCGCUCAGCAGCUACGGUUCUGCCCGUUCGAGGACGUAAUUGGUGUGGGUCACUCACGUGGCUUCCAUUCACUUCUUAUCCCGGGUGCUGGUGACGCAAAUCCUGACUUCUUCUAUGCAAACCCGCACGAGACAGAGCGCCAUCGAAAGGAGAGAGUUGUUUCGACGCUGUUGGAUAAGUUGCCGCCCGAUAUGAUAUCGCUUGACAUCCAGGUCCCAGGAGUGAAUACCGCACGGCUCGCAGAGUAUAACGAGAACAUCCGACUUAACAAAAAGGCGCGUGCCAUCCGUGAAAAGAAAGAGCGGCGAGCAGAUAAGUCGCUCGGGGAUGCAGCUCCAACCGGACUGCUGGUUGGAAAUGAUGAAGAGGUUGACGAAGAUUUAGGAUACAAGGAGCGUCCGGUAACAAAAGAACUCAAAUCAAAGAAGGAGGUGGCAAAGGAGCGCAAAAUGCAGAAAUGGGAUAAAAAGGAUAGUGCGGACAAGGUGCGCUCAAAGCAAACCAUGCGAACUUCGAAAAUAGUGCAACAGCGACGGGCCAGGAUGCAGCGGCUGAGCGGUGCAAUGGGAUCGGAUGAUGAAGAAGAGAAGAAAGCAGAGCAAAAUCGGUUAAAAAGGCAUCGCCGCGAGGAGGAGGACGCGGCUGACGACGUACGGGAGUUGUAUGGCCGGCGUGACGAAGGUUCCAGUAAGGCGGUGAACCGCGGGAAGAGUGAAAUGACCGUGAUGACGCCCUCCGUGAAGAAAAAUGCCGCCCUCAGGCGUUUGAUGGGGUAG